UCGGGUCCCGUCCGCGAACUUCUUUCCGAAACAGUGAACUUCCACCCCCAAGAACCUAAGAAGAGUCUUUCUCCGCCACAACUCAGCGGUUAAACUUGAUUGACAUCUCUGGUUCUCCAGCUCAACAGACAAAAUGAAGCACUUGGCCGCUUACCUCCUCCUCACCCUCGGUGGCAACACCGCCCCCUCUGCCGCUGAUGUCAAGGCCGUCCUUGAGUCCGUUGGCAUUGAGGCCGACUCCGAGCGCCUUGACAAGCUCAUUUCCGAGCUCGAGGGCAAGGACCUCAACGAGUUGAUCGCUGCUGGUUCCGCCAAGCUCGCUUCCGUCCCCUCCGGCGGUGCUGGUGCCCCCGCUGCCGGUGGUGCCGCUGCUGCCGCUGGUGGCGCUGCUGAGGAGAAGAAGGAGGAGAAGGUUGAGGAGAAGGAGGAGUCCGACGAGGAUAUGGGCUUCGGUCUCUUCGACUAAGCGUCUCCUACCAUUGUCCGGUAACAUGGCAUGGUAUUUUCCGAGAAACCUUGACGGAUUGUACACGCGGUUCAAAAGUCACCUGCAUCACAUUCGCCUCGACGGCGACGGCAGAGCUGGAGUUCUUGGGAUUACAAGGGCACGUCUUUUAUAAGGGCGUCAAACGGCACAUAGGCGGAACAAUACAAGUCGCAAGGCUUUCUUCGGACCUUUUUCUCCCUUCGUGAUCAUUCGUGCGUGCUGCGCUGUUCU